AUUAGUGAGAGCCAUUAAAGAUGAACACACGGGACAGUCCCAGCGCUGUCGCCUGCCACAUGUGUGGCGAAGCCUUCACUCUACCCGAGGAUGACACUGAAGGUAACCUCCCUCGAGUGCUUCUGUGCGGCCACAUAUACUGCACGUCUUGUCUGCAGUCCCUUCAAUGUGACGACGUAAUUCAGUGCCCAGACUGUGAGGUUGAGACCACGCUUCCUCGAGGUGGCGUGUUUUGUCUACAAGAGGACAGCAGAAUCAUUGGCCUCAUCUACACGGCUAAAAUUAACAAAAUGAAAAGCUCACAGCGUGGCCCACCAAAGACUCGUCGAAGGAGCAAGUUCUUAUCGACUGAUCUUAAUGAUAACUGUGGCACUGUGGAGCAGCCAGCUGAAAUCGAGAACAUUCAGAAGGUGGUGGAUGAGACUUUGGCUCAGGCUGAUAAAAAUCUCGCCCAGCUGGAACGCAUCUACGAGACUCUGAGCAUGGGUCUGGCAGAACAGGUGGAGAGAGAAAAAGCUCACCUGGGGAUGGAGAUCAAGCAUGCGACAGACAAAGCUGUAUAUGCUGUUCAAAAGUGGAGGAGCCUGCAGCUGAACCGUGUCACAGACGUUGAGGCCCACUUUCCCACCAGCCAAUCAGAGGUCUGCCGUGUCAAGGGAAGGGUAAAGGCUCUGGAGAACGCCAUACAGAUGGCCAGAGAAGUGCGCCGUGUCCCCUUUCUGGAGCAGUACUGUGUCCUGGACAAGGUUCUGGAGACAUUGCAGGCUCCCGUGGAUCACCAGUCCUUUGAUAUGAAAUGCGUUACUCUGAGCUCUGGAAUGAGGUGUGUUUUCCAGUCAGAAACUCUAGAGCAGGGUUUAACGUUGACUCUGAAGAUGGACGUCGGAAGCCCAAAGCUUUUGUCCGAGUUUCCGCUGAAAGUCUCCCAGUCUGCCAACACGAGCAGAAAGUCACCGCUGCACAUGGCCGAGGACAGAAAGGGACACUCUCUCUCACCCAGUGAAAGGAAGUUCCCCUCGCCACAAAGGAAGGAGCAGGAGAACACAGCAGCCAGCGGUCCGCCGUCUCGAGGCUCCUCUCCAACCCCGAGACCUCGGCGCUGGUCCAGCCAUUCUCGCCACAGCUCGGGCUCAGAUGUCGGAAGUCAAGAUGUAAUUGUUGAGGAGCUUUUGGAGGAAGGAACAAGACACGCUCCUCCUCCCACUGGCCCUGAGCUGGCCAAUGACAGGUGGAGAUUCAACAGGAAGAAGAAGCAUCAGCUGUGGGGUAAGAAGACAAACGUGGCCCAGUGGGUGGUCGUGUCCCACAUUGUGAAUCCGAGUCACUUCUACGUUUGCUACGUGGCCGAAAAGAGGGAACGUGAGAUACUGUCAAAGAAGAUCAACCACUUCUGCCACAGAGAGAGUUGCCUUUUCACUCCCAAUGAUAAAGUCGAGACUGGAUCCACGAUCUUUGUGAAGUGGAAGGACGGACUCUGGUGGCGAGCCAGUGUGAUUGAAGUCUUUCAGCGCGACUGCACAGAGACAGUGAAAGCCUGCAAAGUCACCCAGCUGGCCAGUAUCCAGAUCUUCUUCCUGGACUAUGGCGUCAUCAAAAGAUUUACAAUAUUCAGUGAGGAGGCGGCUGAUUCUGUACUGAAGGCCGUGAACAAGAACUUGAGGAAGGUUCAUGAGUCAGUGAAAAUGGACCUGAGACGCUUUGCUCCUCAGGCCAUCAGAUGUUCCCUCAAAGACCUGGUCCCAUAUGACCUGACAAAGGGCUGGGGUAAAGAGGCAAUAUAUGAGUUCCGCAGUGUGGUCGGCUCUGCAACUGUGGAGAUGAGACCUCUGGGCCAGGACAGAGACUCUCUGUUGGUGGACCUGAAGAAAGCGCCCAUGGACCAGUCCAGCGAUGUGCCCAUCUCUGUCAGAGAAUACCUCAUUUUUAUUGAAGUGGCCAGGUUUUAUUCUCCGGUGAUACCGAGCAGGAACCCGCUGCUGUACUACCCACCCGUCUACCCCAUUCCUCACAUGGAGCUGGAUGCCGUGGUGUCCCACAUCAACAACCCUGCGGAUUUCUACAUCCAGCUGGUGGAGAACAUGGAGUCCUUGUUACUCUCCUGCAAGCUUCAGGAUUGUUACAGUGCAGAGACUGAACAGGAUGACCUCAACGUCUACUGCCCUGCUAUUGGACAGGCCUGUGUCGCACGCUACGAUGACCAACUGUGGUACAGAGCUCAGGUCACAGGACAUCCUGGUGGCAGAAAAGUUGAAGUGCGGUUUGUUGACUUUGGCAACGUCAAAAUCCUGUCUGUCAGCGACUUGAAGAAGAUCAAGGAUGAGUUCUUUGCUCUUCCUUCCAUGGCAAUCCACUGCUGCUUGUCCGAUGUGAUUCCUCUGGAUGGAGCAACCUGGAGCGACGCCUGCACAGACAGAUUCAUCAGCCUGGCUCAUCAGAAACUUGUCACUAUCGUGGCUAAAGGUAAAGGGCCAAAGUCUCGCCCUCUGCCUUUACAACUCUACGUGAGAAGCCAUGAUGAGCAAACCAACAUCAGUGAGCUGCUGGUCAAAGAGGAGCUGGCCAGCUUCAAAGACAGCUCUAAGUCCAAACCUGCCGCUUCCCUCUGUGACGACUCAGCCAUAUGGGACCCUCCCCUCGAGCUCGGCUCCACCGUGGAGGGCGACGAUUCUCCGGGACCGAAAAUCACAGAGGAGAAAGACGAGGAGGAGCUGCUGGACCUACAGCUGAAGCUGAAGCUCCCUGCUCAACUCAAUGACCUGAAAGUGAGAGUCAGCCACGUCAACUCGCCGAGCAGCUUCUACGUGCAGCUCGCCCAGUACGACUCUCAGCUCAAAAGGAUAUGUGAGCUGGUAAAACAGGAGUGUGCACUCACGGAGCCACAGGAGGUGCUGUGGAAGGCAGAGAUGUUCUGCGCCGCUCACAUUAACGGCGUUUGGGAGCGAGGACGGAUCUGCUCUGAUGUCACAUCCAACAACAUCGCGGAGGUGAUACGCUGUGACCAUGGCAACGUGGUGAAGAUCGACAUUAGGAACCUGCGGCCGCUGUCGCCCUCAUUAGUCGGCUCUCUGGCGCUGGAGUGCACGCUGACUGACAUCAGGCCUGCAGGAGGCAAAUCCAGCUGGACUGCUACAGCCUGUGACGUAUUCUCCUACUACCUGACUGGAGUCUCAGCUGUUGUCACCAUCAAGGAGUUGACGGACGAGCGUCCCGCACCCGUCAUUCUGUUCUGCUCCAACAAGAAGGGACAGCUCGUCAGCAUCUCUGACUUUCUGGCCAGUGAGGGCCUCGCACUCAGAGAAAGAAAAUCAAGAGAUGCUGUCGUUCAGAAACCCAAUGAAACGGAGGCGCCGUCUUCACAGCACAACACACAAGAUCAGUGCUCUGAUGGUGAAAACCAAACUAGUCCUCAGAGCCCAGGACCUGCCGUCGUUCCUUUCACCUCCCGGUCAUCGGUCCCCUCGAUUUCCUGCCCUCCCAAACCAGCUCCGCGCAGAGUAGUGACUGCUGAGAUGGUGAAGACCAGGUCUUACGACCCUCCAGAGCUGCCGUGCCUCGGCCACAUCCAGAUAAACGUCUCUGCAGUAGGAGACGACGGCCUCAUUUACACCAGGACACAGAACGCAGAGUGUCAGCUGGAGCAGCUCAGGGAGAGGAUUCAGCAGAGCAUGAAGACGCUGCCCAACCAGAAGCCUUACACCUGGAAGUCGGUUCAGGGCUGCGCCGUCAUCGGACCGGACAUGCUGUGGUACCGAGGGCAGCUGCUGGAGGUGCUGGGAGGACACGUGAAGGUUCAGUAUGUGGACUUUGGCCUGGUGGAGAACAUCCCAGUGGUCCACGUUUACCCCAUACUGCUGUGUGACGACGUCCCUCAGCUCUGUAUGCCCUGUCAGCUGCACGGCAUCAACCCUGUUGGCGGGUCGUGGCAGAGAGAAGCCGUGGCCUUGAUGAAGGAGAUGUUAGUGAACCGCUGUGUCAACAUGAUUGUCGUGGAGUUGCCGUCUGACCCCAGACGUCCCCUCACUGUUGAACUCUUUCUGGACGGACUGAGCCUCAAUAAGGUCCUGUGUCACCAUGAACACGCCUCCAUGGACCGAACUGUGUCAGCACAGAAGGGAGACUCUCUGCUGCCUUCCACCCUUUUCCUGGAUGAUUGGGACAUCGACACUGAGGGUGUGAAGAAUGCAGAGGAGCCAGUGUUGGGACCUUUCAUCAGGUCAAAGCUGCCAGAGAAGGAGCAGCAUUUUCCGGUCCGGGUCAAACAUCUGUGGACUCCCAAUGAGCUCUUCCUGUGGCCUUUAGAGGAAACGGUAGAAGUGAAGGUGGACGGAGAGACGCUGAACGACGCACUGACCCGCAUCAACGACGACCUCGGCACUUUGUCACGACUCGGCGAGUUCCCUCAAGGUGGUCCGUGUUUGGCCGAGUACAGCGACGGCAAAUUCUACCGAGCUAAAAUAAUGGAAAUCACCAGUGUGGAUCCCGUCAUGGUCCUGGUCCAGCAUGUGGACUUUGGUUCCUACGACACACUGCCCACCAGCAGGCUGCGUCAGAUGCUGCCCGAGCUGCUCAGGUUCCCAAUGCAGGUGCUGAAGGUCAAAGUGGCCGACCUCAAAGCUCCAAGCGCCAGAGUGCAAGGAGAGGUCCUGCCAUACAGCCCCAAGUGGAGCGUGAAGGCCGUGCUGGACAUGAUCGACCUGCUGGACAACAACGUCACCACAGCCUGCGUCGUGGCUCAUGAACCAGAGCUGACCGUGCGUCUGUACAACAAGCACAAAGAGUUGGUUUAUCAGCCGCUGGUGAAGAGUGGACUCGCCGAGCUCGAGUGAACUCUACAACCCUUCCAUUCACACGUUCAUGUUCAUAUUCAUUCA